AUGACAAGAAUACUUUCUGAUCCCGAUAUUGAUAGAAAUUGUAGUCAAUUGAUUGAAUCGCGUGGUUUUGUGUCUGAGAGUCAUGACAUCAUUACUGAAGAUGGAUAUAUAAUAACAAUUUUUCGUAUAAUAAAUAGUCACCGAAACAGAUCCACUCAUCAAUACCCGGUUUAUAUUCAACACGGAUUCUUCCAGAACUCAGACAAUUGGCUGAUUGCAAGUAACGGUUUCAUUGAUAAUAAUGGCAUUUAUAGAGAAGACAAUUCUAUAGUAAAUGAUUGUAAAAACUUGGAUUCUGUGGGACAGACACUUCCUUUUGUAUUAUCUUCUUGUGGUUAUGACGUCUGGUUAGGAAAUAUUAGAGGAAAUAACUAUUCGUCUCAUAUUACACUAAAUCCUAACGAGACUGAAUUUUGGAACUUUUCAAUGGAUGAGUUCACUAAAUAUGAUAUAACGACUGCUAUAGACCAUGUGUUGAGGGUUACAAACAGCAAUAACAUAGCUUAUAUUGGCUAUUCAUUGGGCACAACAAUUAUGUUUCAAUUAUUAGCUUCAAAACCAAUUUAUUCAAAAAUAAUAAAACCAUUUAUAUCAUUGGGUCCUUUUGUCUAUUUGGGACAUAUUAGGUCACCACUAUUAAGAGCUACAAUGAUUUUUCAAUCAUUUCUUAUCUCUAAACCAAAACCUAUGGGAAGAUUGGGCUCAUUAUCGUCACUAAUUGGUCGCUAUUUUUGUGGUUUUACUUAUUUUAAAGAAUUGUGUAUUAUUUUUGGUUUUUUAUUUGGUGGCUUUGAUUAUCAACAAUUAAAUCGAACACAAAUUCCGCGAUUAUUUGGACACUUUCCCGACGGCAGUUCAUCCAUAGCUUUAUCACAUGUCGUGCAACGUAUUGAAAGUCAAAAUUUUUCGUAUUAUAAUUAUAAUACCAGUGAAGCAAAUAUGAGAGCUUAUAAACAGUCAUUUGCACCAAAUUAUAACAUUUCUAACAUUGAUUCACAAAAUAUUGUUAUUAUGACUGGUCUUAAUGAUUGGAUUGCAGAUCCAAUCGAUGUCAACAUUUUAAUUAACAGAUUGAAUGGUAUUUACUAA